AGACUUAUCAGUCUAUUUACAUUUAUUAAUUGUAUUAAACAUUUUUUUUUUAAUUUUCGUAGAUCUAGAUGAGUCUAGAUCUAUAGUAUUAAGUUAAUUAAGUAUAGCCUAGUAUAUAGGGCUUUGUUGUUAGAUCUAGUAGCACACUUGUCACGUAUACUAGAUCUAUCUAUGUCGUAUGAGCAGGUUGUCGUUAAUUUCAUCCUUGUAAUCUGAAGACAAAAAUGGUUUCUCAGAAUCAUAAUAACAACAGACUUGUGUUUUUGUGUUCAUCUGUCAAUAUCUGCAGCACCAUUGCUCUAGUUUUGUUGAACAAGUGGAUAUACAUCAAGUAUGAUUUCCCAAACAUAACUCUCAGCUGUAUACAUUUUGUAGUGAUUUCUCUGUGCCUGUUGAUCUGCAGAGGUUUUGAUAUAAUUCAGCCUUUAAGGCUUCCCUUUUUCCAUAUGAUCCCAUUUGUCCUUUUAUUUUGUGCAUUAAUGGUAUUGAAUUAUUUUUCCUUACAAUCAAACACUGUUGUAACUUAUCAAAUCAUCAACACCAUGACUAUACCCUGCAUUUUAUUUGUUGAGAAUUAUUUUUAUGGCAAGCAUGUUUCAACUAAAGUAAAGCUUACAUGGAUUCCUGUCACAAUUGGAGUUGUUUUAAGCUCUGUUUAUGAUGUAAAGUUCAAUAUUACAGGAAUCAUAUUUGCUUCUCUUGCAGUCCUCAUCAAUUCAUUAUACCAGGUGCUAGUUGCAGAAAGACAACAUUACUUUCAGGUAAAUACCGUGCAACUCUUGUAUUACCAAGCUCCACGGUCUGCACUCCUUCUGCUGUUUGUCAUUCCAUUUUUUGAACCUUCAUACUCUUUGGAUGGAUUUUAUUUUAAUUGGUCUUUAGAGGUUCUAGCUGCUGUAUUUUUGUCAGCCUGUGUUGCUUUUGUUGUCAACCUUUCCCUUUUCUGGCUUAUUACCAAUACAACGCCACUCAUAUAUAACAUGAUUCGUUACCUCAAGUUUCGUUUGACUUUGCUAGCAUUCUUUACCUUGUUUCAUGAUAAGGUUCAUAUCUUACAGUUAUUGGGUACACUUACAACAGUUGCAGGUGUCUUGGCUUAUACUCACAUCCAACGUGAAGAAAUUAUAAAGAAAAACAGUUUGCCUACAACCAUUGAUAUCCAAACUAAAAGCUAAUAUUUAUUAGAGUAUUGUUUAUAUUUAAUAUAUGAUAUAAAUAGAUAAUUUGGGCAUGAUUUUAUGUUGAGACAUUCAGGGCUCAUGUUUACACAUUUAUUUUAUGUUGAUAUAUUUUUUUAAACUACCAGUAUUAAAAACAAUUCUAAUGAUAUACUAGCAUUUUUAACUUAGUUUUCAGAUAUAUUUAUAGUUUUCAGAUAUCUAUUUGUCUUUCAAAAAUUGAUACACGACAUUUUUAAUGUAUUUUUAAUGUCAUAAAAUUUUCUGUGUCAAGCGUUUUUUUUUCCACAGAAUUACAGAUUGUUAUGGAUUUUUUUUUCCCACUUCAUUUCAUCAUGAUUAUUAUCUGUUGGUUUAGUCAUGUUCUUUAAGGGUGUGAGUUUGUGUUAAUUUUUACAAAGCUUAUAUUAACUCACUGUCUAUCUGGUAUGUCAGUGAUGCAUAUCACUGAGAUAAGAAGUCCUGGCUCAUUGGCCACAUGGGAACAACUGUAAUAAUGUUUCAAAAUAAAAAAAUAAAUAAAUGUAAAUUUUGCUAUAGAACUAGAUUUAGAUUAUUUUCUAUAUCAAGCAUCUGUUUUGAGAGGACUAUCUUAUUCUUAAAAGGUCUGUUUCUUUUUUGGAAAUUUCCAAAUUAGCAAAUGUAAGGCUUUAUUGAUUUAAGAGUUUAAUAAAAUUAUUACAGGAAAAUUGUGUGCAAGUCUUCAAAGUUUAGACCUAAAGGCCUAUCAAAGCUUUGCUUACAUUUUUACAUAAAUAUAUCAUAGAUUACAUGCAUCUAGAUCUUUAUUGUUCUAAAUCAGCAGUCUAUAUCUGAAUCUAGUUCUAGAUGUUUAUAUAAUGAAAGUGCUAAUAAAUAAUAAAACAAUUACAAGAAUACAAAUUAGCUUGCUGGCUUAAUGGAUAGAGAUAUGUACAUCGAGCUGACUGUGCCAAAGUACAUACAAGUUUGAUACCAGGCUUGUCCUAAAAAGAUCUAUUUAUAAUUUAUUUUAUUACAUUUUAUUUUAAGUUGUAAAAUGGAGGUUAUGUAUUUUAAAAAAUAUAUUUUCAAAAUUGUUUUUCUUGUUUUAAACUGGAGACAUUUUGUUAUGUUUAAAUUUUCAGACCUUUUGCUUUUAUAAAAAAAAUGUUGUGGCUACUAAAAUAUUGUCUGUCUUCCAAUGAUAAAAUUCUAGGAGGAAUAAGUGUGAUGCCAAAAUGUUGUGUAUCAAUAAAUAAUAAUAGUCAUUGAUUUAAAUUUAGAAGAUUGUUCAUGAAUUAUUGCACAAUUAUGUUUAUGUACUUGGUAUUAAAUCAAACAAUUUUAAAAAGAAUGUAUGUUUAGGCUCCUAUAGAGCCAUUUAUUUUGAUUUUGCAAUUUACUAUCCAUCAAAGAUAAAGCAAUAUUUAAAAUGUAAUGCUUUUUUUUUUCUUUUCACAUGUAUUUAUAGUUUUUUUUUUUAUUGAAUCAAGUAUGUUGAAUUCUAUUUUAAUAUAAAUGUAUUUAUAUAUAGCCAUUUAUUUUGGCUUAGCAAUUUACAAUCCAUCAAAGAUAUAACAUUAUUUAAAAUGUAUGGCUGUUGUUGUUUUUUUCCUUUCCCAUACAUUAUUAUUUUUAAAUAUUUUUUUUUAAUACUACAUUUUACUUCAACAAUACCAACAUUUUGUUUUACACGAAAUAUGAAGUUCCUUGAUAAAACAUCCUAAAAUAAAAUAGAUAUAAAAUAGUACAA